AGGGACAGCCGUGGGGAUCAGCCCAGGACAGACUGUGUCCCUGGACCAAAUGUUGGACAGGAGGGGCCCAGGGUGGGCUUCAAGGUGUGGAACACGGUCUGCGCCUCGACAUGGGUGGUUGUGACUCAAGAAAAAUUCGUCAGGCUGCACUCCUAAGGCUGGCGCCCUUCACACACGUCACUGUGCGUGCCCCAUACCCGAGCAGAAAAGGAAAAGGGAAGGAAACUGACAUUUACUGAGUACUUGCUGUAUGCUGGGCACUGGCUAGAUCUGCUUGUCCUUCAAAUUCAUUUAAUGAGCACCUACCACGUCCGAGGCACUGUCUAGGUUCUACAGACCCGGCAGCAGACGAAACAGCUGGAGUCUCUGCCCAUAUGAUGCUCUCGGCUAGCGAGGAGACAGUAUCAAACAACCACGUUAAGAAAGGGAGGUGACCACAGUGACAAGAGCAUAUUGGUGUGCAGAGGAAGGGGUGUGUCACCCGGGGUGGGGGUCAGAAAGGCCUCCCUGAAGAAACGAUGUGAGAGGUCAGGAGGAAGUGACCCGCCAAGGGGCGGGAAGAGCAUCUCAUACAAAGGAAACAGCACGUGCAAAGAUCCUGUGGUAGGAGGUGCAUGCAAGUUCGUGAGGGCAAAAAGCAGGGCUGAGCAGGGCUCCCAGAAGGGAAACCGAGGCUCAGGGAGGCGGCCCCCAGUUUUGUCCGCUUCCCUCUGCUCGCCAGACAGGGUGGGGAUGAGAGUAGGAAAGGCCUCCAGGUGCUCCAGUUGCCCUCAUGUCCCUGCCUCUCAGCUCCACAGGGCCUGCAGCCGGGGGUGGCCAUGGCGCCCUGCCCUGAAGAGCAGUACUGGGACCCCCUCCUGAACGUCUGCCUCUCCUGCAAACCCACCUGCAGCCAUCAGGCUUCCCGCACCUGUGCAGCAUUCUGCAAGUCACUCAGUUGCCGCAAGGAACAAGGCAGAUACUACGACCAGCUCCUGAAGGACUGUAUCAGCUGCACCUCCAUCUGCGGACGUCACCCCAAGCAGUGCACACACUUCUGUGAGAACAAGUUCAGGAGCCAAGUGAACCCCCCUCUAGAGCUCAGGAGACAGCGGACCGGGGCGGCCUCGACCGGGGCGGAUAACCUGGGGAGGUACCAGGGAUCAGAGCACAGAGGCUCAGACGCGGGUCCAGCGCCUGCGGGGCUGAAGCUGAGCACAGACCAGCUGGCCCUGGUCUACAGCACGCUUGGGCUCUGCCUCUGUGCCAUCCUGUGCUGCUUCCUCCUGGCCGUGGCCUGCUUCCUCAAGAGGAGGGGGGACCAGUUCUCCUGCCAGCCACCCCCAGCACCUUGUGGGACCCAGGCCAAGUCCGCCAAGGAUCACUGGAUGGAAGCUGGAAGCCCCACGGGAGCGCCGCCCGAGCCGGUGGAGACCUGCAGCUUCUGCUUCCCCGAGCGCAGGGCGCCCACCCAGGAGAGCCUGUGCGUCUUCGUGCCCAGUUCAGCCAGGCCUUACUCCAGUGGGAACUCCUGCCCUCCCUUGGUAGUGGACGCUGUGUUAACCGCUGCUUCCUCCCUGGGGGUCCUGGAUGAGGGGCUGAGGGUCCUCGUGGCCCUCCCUUCCGGAGCAGGAGCGGACUCCUGCAUGGGGACGUCUCGGGGUGGGACAACCGUGGCCUCUACUGUCGGAGUCCGGGACACACCCACCACUUUCAGUGUCCAGAACACCACCUGGUUCACUACCUGGCGCUGUGCUGACUGGAUCCGGUGA